AUGCCUAGAAAUUCGAUAGGCUUCAAUUGCAAGGGCAGAAUAGAAAACUAUCUGUCCAUCAAACUUCAACUCCCUCACGCCCGAAGACAUCUUCACACAGGCUUCACUCAAAAUAGAGAAAUUCAAAAUGCCUACAUUCUCAGUGCGGCAAGGACACCAACAGCUAGAUUUAAUGGCUCCUUCACCGCUGUAACAGCCCCACAACUCGGUGCAGUAGUAAUAAAGUCAGCGCUUGAGAAAUCUGGGCUGUCAGGCUCCAUGAUAUCUGAUGUCUACAUGGGAAAUGUUUUUCAAGCCUCAUUAGGGCAAGCACCGGCGCGACAAGCCAGCAUAUUUGCCGGCCUUCCCAAGUCAACUGAAGCGACUACCGUAAAUAAAGUUUGCGCUUCAGGACUCAAGGCUAUUGAAAUCGCUGCGCAAAAUAUCCAGCUAGGCCUAGCAGAAGCCCAAAUAGCCGGCGGAAUGGAAAACAUGACCCAAGUCCCUUUCUAUACCCCAAGACCUAAUAGGAUUCCAGUACUUGGAAAUAUUACCAUGGAAGAUGGACUUAUCAAAGAUGGGCUGUGGGAUGUAUACAAUCAGUUUCACAUGGGUAUGUGCGCUGAAUCUACAGCUAAGAAGUAUGGUAUCACCAGAGAAAUACAAGAUGAAUACGCUACACGGUCAUACAUGCGUGCUCAACAGGCGUGGAAGAACGGAUCCUUUGAUGAAGAAAUAGCUCCUGUUUUAGUAAGGGGCAAAAAGUCCGACUCUAUUAUCAACAUUGACGAAGGCUACAUGGAUCUGAAGCCGGAGAAGCUAUCUCUCCUAAAGCCUUCAUUCUUACAUGAUGGUACGGGAAGUGUAACUGCAGCCAACUCAUCGACACUCAACGACGGUGCUUCAGCCCUUGUGCUCUCAAAUUCUCAAGUUGCCAAGGAGUUUGGUAAGUCGUCACGGGUCCUCGCCCGAAUCUGCAGCUUUGCGAACGCUGCCACGGACCCCAUCGAUUUUCCUGUGGCGCCGGCAAAAGCUGUUCCGAUUGCGCUAAAUCGUGCCGGGAUAACAAGCAAGGAUGUAGCCGUGUGGGAGUUUAAUGAGGCCUUCGCAGUGGUAAUCAAGGCGAAUGAGCAGAUAUUACAAUUAGAAGGUUCACGGGUAAAUCCAUUAGGGGGGGCUAUUUCCCUAGGUCACGCACUUGGUAGCUCUGGAUCGAGGAUUAUGACUACACUCCUACAUCAGCUCAAAGUUGAGGAAUAUGGGGUGGCCGCUAUCUGCAAUGGAGGAGGGGCUGCCACUGUCAUGGUAGUGCAAAGGAUCGACGUGAGUGAUAUAAUUUGA